UAUGAAAGACCUUGAGAAAAAGGAGAUAAGAGGACUAAAAUAGGCGGCAGUAGUCCGUUGAGAACAUGUUAACACUGCUGGCCUGGCAGAUGGAGGAAAUGAAGUUUUUGGUUCUUCUUGCUCUCUUUGGAGGUGCAGCUGCAGCUUCCCUCAAGGAAGAUGACAGGAUUGUUGGAGGGCAUGAAUGUGCUAAAAACUCAGUGCCCUACCAAGUGUCUCUCUUCACUGGAUACAACUCCUGUGGGGGGGUUCUCCUGUCACCAGAGUGGGUGCUCUCUGCUGCACACUGCAGAACAAAAUCGGAUGUCGAAGUGCGGCUGGGGGAGCAUGACAUCUGGGAGCCUGAGGGCACUGAGCAGCACGUCAUGUCGGCCCAGUUCAUUCCCCACCCUGACUACAACCCCCGCACACAGGACAGUGAUAUCAUGCUGAUCAGGCUGAGUCGUCCCGCCUCUCUGAACAACUAUGUGCGCACUGUUACGCUUCCUUCAAGAUGUGCCACUGAUGGGACCAUGUGUCAUGUCUCUGGUUGGGGGAAUAUUCGACCCAGUGAUGAAGGCUCAAGGUACCCUCAUAAACUGCAGUGCCUGGAUGUCCCCCUGCUGAGUGAUGACGCCUGCUUUAAUGCAUAUCCUUUCCAAAUCACUGACAACAUGAUCUGUGCUGGUUAUCUGGAGGGGGGCAAAGACUCCUGUCAGGGUGACUCCGGGGGUCCUAUGACAUGUGACGGCAUGCUCCAAGGAGUCGUGUCCUGGGGGAAAGGCUGCGCUCAGAGAAACAAACCCGGGGUGUACACAAAAGUGUGCAAUUAUGUCAGAUGGAUCCAAACAACAAUGUUGUCUGGCUAGGUUAAAUGCAAUAUGCAAUAUGAACAAUAUGCCCCUUGUCAUGUGGCAACGUGGGUGCAAAAAGACACCAAAAAUAAAUCAUGUG